CGCAAAAAGUCUUUUCGGUCCUUCUCCAGGCCAUGUCAAGAAUUGCGGAUGCUGAAGACUUUUUUUCGCUCGACCUCUUUUGGUGGUUGACCUGGUUGAUCCAUGUAUGUGCUCGACUCAACUUCAUCUUUCACGACACAUGUCAGCGAGGUAUUUCCCGAAGAGCGGUGAGUUUCGACAGCAAGAUCGGUGAUGGUGAUUGGCAAGCGGACGACUCGAGGCCUCUCGAUAAACAAGCUAUCUUGGACAUCUUAGCAUGAGACAUAUUGUCUGCGUUGGUUCCCGAUAACCGCCUCGGAGAUAGUCCACCAUUUGUUUGCGCCAAAUACGGCAACCAGACAGGCAGAUCAUUGAUGGCUAAAUGUAGCCGCCAAGUAACAUAUAUUCAGAAUUCGAACGAAACAAGAGACUUGCAUCGGGAACGUGUACAUGAAUGAGCCUUGUUGUGCCACGUAACAAAACGAGAACGAGAAGCUACAAGUCAAAUAGAGGUAUAUA